AUGGGACCUCAUUCAAGCCAAAGGCCACAACCUAUGUCCCUUUUGAUAAGGAAAUUAAAAUUUAAUACUUCACCAUCUAUGGUUAGAGAUAAAUUUAAAAAAUUUGGAGCAAUUAAAGAUGUAUAUUUGCCAAUAGAUUAUUACACAAAAGAACCAAGAGGGUUUGGUUUUGUAGAAUUUUACGAUCCUAAAGAUGCUGAAGAAGCAUUAAAAGAAAUGAAUGGAACUGAAUUAGACGGAAAUAGAAUUGAAGUGUUUGUAGCUCAAAAAGGUCGUUCUGACCCUCGAAUUAUGAGAUAUAAAGAAAGAGGUGGAGGUUCAGGAUAUGGGCAUAGAAGAUAUCCUGAUAAUAGAUUAAAAAGAAGGUAUAUAUCAAAAUCGAAUUCAAGAUAUGAUUCAUAUUCUCGUGAUAAAAUGAGAAGACGUGAUCGAUCUAGAGAGAGAAUAAGAUAUAGAGACAGUUAUGAAAGGAAUAUGGGGAAUAGUUAUAGAGAUAAAAAAAAUAGUUAUGUUAAAAAUUAUAAUAGAUAUAGAAGUAGAGAUUAUGAUAGAAGCCUUAGUAGGGGGCGUAGAUCUAGAGGUUAUAGACAUGAUAGUCCAAAAUAUCGAGAGAAAAGAAGAUAUAAUCGAAGUGUUAGUAGAAGUAAUGAUAAAAAUAGUAAAAAUGGUAAAAAUAAUAGAAGGGAAUAUAAGUCAAAGUAUAGUAAUGAAAGAUAUAGUAAUGAAAGAUAUAGUAAUGAAAAAUAUAGCAACGAAAAAUAUAGUAAUGAAAAAUAUAGCAACGAAAAAUAUAGCAACGAAAAAUAUAGCAAUGAUAGAUAUAGUAAUGAUAGAUAUAGUAAUGACAGUGCUAAGUCUAGUAAACACUCAAGAAAGCAAAUGGUAUCAAAAUCAAUUUCAUUCAAUACUGAAAAAGAUGAUGAAAAACGAAAAAAUGAUAAUACAGAGGAGAGAGGCAAUUCAAAAGAAUGGAGAGAAAGCAAAGAUCUCGAUAAAUCUGUUGGUAAUAAAAAUUCAGUUAAUAGUCAAGAUGCCGAAUCGAAUUAA